CAGAUUCACCAGAGAAACACACAAGAGAUGACAAAAAUGUCUCAGACUCUAUAUUUCAGUCUUCUUGUCAUUGCUCUCUGUUCAUUAUCUGAAGGCAUUCAGCGCCGCUAUCACUAUAUAAACAUGGAGAAGACCUGGACUGAAGCUCAGAGAUACUGCAGAGAGAAUUACACAGAUCUGGCCACAGUCAACAACAUCAAUGACAUGAACGAGCUGAAGAAGACUGUGAAUAACAAUCAGAAGGUCUGGAUUGGACUGAAGAGAACAGGUGUUUAUAAAUGGAAGUGGUCUCUGGGUGAUCCUGUCAAAUAUCUGAACUGGGAAACUGAACCAUCAAAUGUCACAAAUAAUUGUACCAUUAUGAGAAAUGGAAAAUGGCUUCAGCAGGACUGCAAUGUAAAGUCACAGUUCAUAUGCUACAAUGACAACAGUAAAUCAUACAUCAUUAUCACUUCUGAUAAAACAUGGAGUGAAGCUCAGAGUUUCUGCAGACAGUAUCAUACUGAUCUGACCAGUGUGAGGAACCAGACUGACAAUCAACUGAUCCACAACAUCAUUAAUGAUCCUCACACAUCUGUCUGGAUUGGUCUGUUCAGAGACUCGUGGGAGUGGUCAGAUAACACUGACUCCGCCUUCAGAUACUGGAGGGCUCAUGAACCGAAUAAUGCUGGUGGUUCUGAAGAUUGUGCAGACAGUAUAAUGACAGACAAUGGAGAGUGGUUUGACACGUCUUGCAAUUUACUUAUGAAUUUUGUGUGUCAUGAAGAUGAGCUGAUAUUGAUCCAGAAGAAUCUGAGCUGGACUGAAGCUGUGAGAUACUGCAGAGAGAAUCAUGUGGAUCUGGUUUCAGUUGAUUCACGGGAGAUUCAGCUCUGGGUGAAAGCAGCGGUUCAUCAGGCCUCGACUGCUGAGGUGUGGCUGGGGUUACGUCUCUCCUGCUCUGUGGGGAUCUGGUUCUGGGUGAACGGAGAGAUCGCUUGUUAUCAGAAUUGGGCUCCGGGGAAUGAAACAGCAGUGGACGACUGUGAGCGUGAAGUGAGAUCUGGAGCGGUUCAGUCUGGAGGAGAUCAUCUCUGGAUUAGUCUUCCUGAAUCUAAACAACUCAACUUCAUCUGCAUCAGACAUGAUUGACAAUUCAAUGAUGUGUGUGUGUGUGUUUCACUACCUGUAGACCUUAAUCUUUUUAGUUUUUUUCUGGGUUUCACAUUCAUUUUUAUUUCAUUUAUGUCUUUAGCAGU